CCACUGUUUCAACUUUCAACAAGCAAGCAAAGCAACAACGAUAUUCAGAUGACGUGCGUUAUGCCCAACCUCAAAUAAUAGUUAAAGUUUAAAAGGCAAUUACUUUUGUUAUACCGUUUCGUUAUGUUGUAAAUUUCUUAUUGAUGUAUGUGCUAGUGAUUAGUCAACGAAAUUAAUUUAUUUGAUUGGAGAAACUUUUACUCAGUUAUGUUUCCAAGUGAUGUUUUCGACAUUGCCAAAUAUGGCUGUGUGAUUCUCUAAUCUUUGGAACUCUACACCAGUUCCUUUCUCAAAAUUGUGUAUAUAGUGAAUCUGCCUGUUAUUUCAUCAACACAUAUGAUUUUUUUCUUUCUCUGAAGAUUUCCACAGAUAUACAUAUUCAAGAUGUCAUUUCGAGUUGUACGAACCAGCAAGUUUCGACAUGUCUACGGAAGCUCGCUGAAACGUGAUCAGUGCUACGAUAACAUUCGAGUGUCAAAAUCGUCAUGGGACUCAACAUUCUGUUGUGUCAACCCCAAAUUUCUAGCUAUCAUUGUGGAAUCAGCUGGGGGUGGUGCUUUCAUUGUUCUCCCGCUCAGCAAGGUAGGGAGAAUCAAUGCUGAUCAUCCACUAGUUGGAGGACACAAGGGCCCUGUAUUAGACAUAGCGUGGUGUCCUCACAAUGAUAAUGUUAUUGCAUCUGGCUCAGAAGAUUGUGUAGUCAAAGUAUGGCAUAUCCCGGACGGCGGAAUAUCAAGGACAUUGACUGAGCCUAUAGUUGACCUCAUAUACCACCAAAGAAGAGUUGGACUUGUUUUAUGGCAUCCAACUGCACAAAAUGUACUUCUAACAGCUGGAUCUGACAACCAAGUAGCAAUAUGGAAUGUCGGCACCGGGGAGGUGAUGGUGCGUAUAGAUUGCCAUCCUGACAUUGUAUACUGCGCCAGCUGGAACUGGGAUGGGUCACAGCUGGUCACUACUUGUAAAGAUAAGAAGAUAAGAUUGAUCAAUCCUCGUACCGGCAAUGUAGAUGAGGAAGCAGUCUGUCAUGAGGGCAGUAAAGCGACGCGAGCGAUUUUCUUGAAAAGUGGGCUCAUAUUCACCACUGGAUUCAGCAAAAUGUCUGAAAGACAAUACUCAUUGCGAGCCCCGGAACAACUCACUGAACCAAUAGUCAUGGUUGAAUUAGAUACUAGCAAUGGAGUGAUGUUCCCUCUUUAUGAUCCUGAUACCAAUCUAGUCUAUUUGUGUGGAAAGGGUGAUAGUGUGAUACGGUACUUCGAAAUCACAGCAGAGCUACCUUUCGUCCAUUAUAUCAACACAUUUCAAACUCCUGACCCACAGCGAGGCAUAGGAAUGAUGCCUAAGCGUGGAUGUGAUGUCAGCUCGUGUGAAAUCACCAGGUUCUACCGAUUGAACAACUCAGGCCUCUGUCAAGUCAUAACUAUGACGGUGCCAAGAAAAUCGGAACUGUUUCAAGAGGAUUUGUACCCGGAUACAUUGGGAGACACGGCCGCAUCGACGGCUGAAGAGUGGCUGGAAGGCAAGGACGCAGAACCACUGCUCAUCUCACUCAAAGACGGCUACACUCCCAAAUCUGCUCAAAAGUCGGAACUGCGCGUCAAUCGCAAGGCAAACUUGCUCGAAAAGAAAUCUGGCCGAGGCGACGGUGGUAACCAACAUUAUUCUUCAGAGUCCUUGCCGGAUGAUAUAAUUCAACAGUUCAAGGAAGAAAUACGCAAACUGAAAGCAAUGAUCGUCAAACAUGAAGAGAGGAUUCGAAUUCUUGAGAAAACUGCUAAGGAAUACGAAAGCGAGAAAGUCUCUGCCAGUAAUGUCGAAGAAAAGCCGAAUUCUGAUAAUGCUGCACCCAAUAAUGCUAAUUCUGACCUUGGUCCCGACGAGGUCUAAUAGGUGUUCACCAUGACUUCAACGUGAAAUAUCCGCAACCUGCCACUCACCAAAAAUUGAAACUAAAAAUGUACGAUUAUUAAAAAUAUAAAUAACAGAGUGUUCUGCACUCGAUCUGUUCACAACAGCCUAAACAUUUUAUUUCUAUUUAUUUCUCUUCUUCGAUUGGUUUGCUUUCCAAGCACACUGAUCAAAGCUUUCGGUUCUCACUCAUAUUGAAUGAAAUUCAUAUGUGCUGCAAAAGCGUUCAAAUUUAUCUAUUCAUACCGAAGAGGCCUUUUGUGUUCAAAGAAUUCUGAUCACCGGUGAUUAUUACGACACUCGAUGCCUUAUAACAAUAUCAAUUAUAUCUAUAAACUUAUGCAUUUUGAACUAGAUUAUCAGUUUUGUUGUUGUUAUUGUUGUUGUUUUUGCACUAAUUAACAUAGAUGUUAGUGCUGUAGCUUCAGUUGGGGCUCUUUUUCGAUUUGUACAUUUAACAGUUUUUAUUUUGUAUUUAUAUUUUAGGAUUAACCAAAGCCUGUAGCUUUAAGUGACUUGAGAAGACUGCAAACAUCACACGAUCAAAAUCUUGGAUAAAUUGUUAUGUAAUUAAUUUGUAUAAAAGAAUAAAUAUAUUUAAUUACAAAAUUGUUGUUUGUAUAUACAACAGUUAUUUAUUGCAAUAUGAAUUUUGUACUUUGAAUAGUUUAUUCGUACAGAUUUUAGCGGGUCUAGAAUGAAAAAUCUCUAGUUAUCAUUUCAAAUCACUGUUAUAUUUUUCAAAAUGAUUCUCCGUUCAUCUCCAUUGUUCGAGAAUAAUGAUUAACUUUGUUUGCUGUUGAAUGAUUUCGAGUUGAACUUAAAAACCGAUCUGCGAUUAAAUCAUUGCC